AUGGCCGAUGGAAUUUCGUAUAUUGUUACUGAAUCUAUAUCAAAAUUUUUAAAUGUAAUAGAAAAUAAAAAUUUUAAAGAAAUAAAUAAUAUUUUUAAUGAAAUAAUAACGUGUUUUUUAAAUAUUAAUUUUGAUAAUAAUUCGGAGAAACAAAAAUUUUCAAAACUUUUAAUUCUUCUUAUCAAAUGGUGGGAUUGUUUAUCUUUCAAAAUUUGCUGUGAUGAUUCAUAUAUAAUUACUAAUGAUGAUAUUAGUAAUGGUAAAAAAAUAUUAUUUGAUAUCAAAAAAUAUAUAACUAUUAGUUCAUGGCAAGUUUCUAUUGAAGAAAAAGAUGAAGAUGAUACAAAUUGUGAUAAAGUUAUAACAGAUAUGAUUGUAUAUUCUUUACCAAUGUUAGAAAAAACUCCAAAUAGUGAUGAAUUUUGUUCACUUAUGAAAAAUUUAAUGAAUCGUCAAAUUGAUAUGUUUAAACCUAAUUUUAAUAUUCCUGAAACAGAAUCUGAUGGUGAUGAUAAUGAAUCAAAAUGUGAGGAAGAAAGUGAAACACGUAAAGAACAACAUGGAAGUAAAACUACUGAAGAAGAAAUUACUAAAACACCAGAUGGACGAGAAAUUAGAUCUACAAAAACAAGAAUUGUUAAUAGUUCAAGAACAUCUAAAAAUAUAACCGUUAGAACAUUUGGUAAUGGUCAAGAUAAUAUUCGUAAAAAUUUUUUUGAUGUUACUAGAUCACAUAAUGAAGAUUCAGAUGAAGAAUUUUCAGAGUCAUUUAAAAAACCAUCUUUUAAAAAUAGAAAUACUUUUACAGAUAAUACAAAUUCUUUUUUUAAUGAUAAAAAAUUACUUACAUUUGGUGAUUUUAAAAAUGAUGAAUCAUUAUUAAGUAACAGAUUAAGUACAUUAAAUGAUUCAAUAUAUGAUAAUUCAAAAAAAUAUGAUAAUAAUGAAGAGUUACAAAAUAAUGAGUUACAAAAAAUUAAAAAAGUAGAUCAUUCAAGUGCUACAUUACAAGUUGUUGAAAAAACAAAAAAGACUAAUGGUAAAUUAAUGUUUAAUGCAGCAGCUCAUAAAUUAGAUACAAAACAAUUAUCUGCACAACAAACAGAAAUAUAUGAUGAUAAUGAAUUGUUAAGAAAAGAGGGUGAUGGUUGUUUUGAAGAAAAUACAACAAUUGGAACUGGUGAUGUAAAUCCGGAAGCUUUAAUAAAUUUAGGUACUGUAAAUAGAUUUGGUUUACAUAACAGUAAAGAAUUUGAAUGUGGAAAUUAUGAUAAUAAUGGAAGUUAUAUUAAAGGAUUAACAAUGACAAGUUAUCUUCUUGUAAAUGAAAGUAUUAGUAAUCAUGAGGAACAAUUUAGGAAAAGAUUACAAUUUGAAUUUAGAAAUAAUAGUCCACUAAAAAUUGAAGAAAAUAAAGAUAUUGAUAAUAAAAUUGAUUUAAAUCAAUUAUUAGAAUUAUCGGAUUUUAAUGAAAUGAGUAAAGAAGUUGCUAAAAAUAUAAGUGAUUUGUCAAAAUACGAAGAAUCUGAUAAAAUUAACAAAAAAAUAUUAUCAUUAUCAGAAGAUUUAUCACUUUUUGAAAUAAUUGAUGUUAAAGAUUAUUUAGUAUUUGUUACAAAAUCUGAUAGUAAUGGAAAAAUAUCUAAAAUAUGUCGUGGUGGACCAAAAAAUGCUUUAAUUGUUUAUGCAACACAAAAUAAUGCAUCAUUAUUAUAUAAAGAAGCAUUUAUAUCAACAUAUAGAACAUUUAUUUCAUCACUUGAUGUAAUACGAUAUCUUUUAUAUCGUUUUCAAUAUAUGAUUAAUCAAUUUACAAAUAAAGAUAAUAGUUAUGCUCAUUCAACUGUUUCAGUAAUUAUAAGGAUAAUUCAAAAUUUAUCAAUAACUGAAAUUAGUGAAGAGAUAUUAUGUACAAUUAAUGAUUUAUACAAAAUAUUAUAUGAUAAUUGUGAAAUACAAUUUUUAAAGAUUCUUCGUAAAUUAAUAAGUACAAAUAUUAUGACAUUUUAUGAGUCAAAAAUUAAUAAUAUAUUACCAAAACAAGUUCAUUGUAUGUUGGAUGAGUAUAGAGUUAAGGAAUUUCUUAAUCUACGAUCUAUGAAAUUAGCACAAGAGAUUACUAUUAUUAGUAGUAAACUUUUUCAUAAUGUUAAAGAAUUAGAACUUUUGUGGUGGUCAAUAGAUCAAAGUAAUUUGCAUUCAACAAAUUUAAAAAGAUUAACAAAUAAUUUUAAUUUUAUUAGUUAUUGGUGUAGAUCAUUAAUUUUAAUGUCAAAUGAACAAAAGAUAAGAGAAAAAAUUUUUAUAAAAUUUUUAAAAAUAGCAAAAUAUUUAAAACAAUUUGGUGAUCUUAAUUCUUAUCUUGCUAUUAUUGCUGCCUUAGAUAGUGGACCUGUUAAUCGAUUACAAUGGAAUAAAACAAUUAAUGAUGGAAUGAAAGAACAUAGAAUUAUCAUGUCAUCAAGUUAUUCAUUUAAAAAUUAUAGACAAUUAUUUUCGCAAUGUAAACCACCAUGUAUUCCAUACAUUGGUUUAAUAUUACAAGAUUUAACAUUUAUUUAUAACGGUGCUGUUCAAAAAUUAUCUGAUAAAGAAUAUAAUGGUAUAAAUUAUAUAAAUUUUGUCAAAUGUUUUAAACAAUUUACAAUACUUGAAAGUGUAAGAAAACUUAAAAUGUGGGAUUAUUCAUUUGAAACAGAUGAAGUAUAUAAAAAUUUUCUUAAUAAUUUUGUUGAACAUUAUUCUGAAGAAGAAUGUUGGAUAAGAAGUGAAAUGAUAAAACCAAGACAUUUAAAAAAUUAA